CUUGCCCGAUUGCCGUGCCUCCUGUUCAUGAGGACAAAAGGGGAGGAUAGAGAGAGAGAGAAACAGAGAAAGAGGAAGAGGACGCGAUCGGGGGUGAGGAGGGAUGCGCUGAGCAUAAACUACCUUCGCCGGGUGGGAGGUAUCCCUCUACCUACUAUGGCUUGAACUCGAGCUUGCGUCGUUCGAAACGCGCGAACGCGUACCGGAGGAUCGAUAUCCGAGGGAGUUACAGGAGCUGGGUCGGUGAUGAUGAGGACGACGGCGCAUGAGGACGCGCGCGUUGUAGGAGCGGAUUGUAUGUUAUAAAAACCACAAGUACAUGUCAUCAUGCCCGAAAGGAAAUCUGUUUUCAAGGUGAGUGGCGCCAACAGCGGACGAUUGGCGAGGUCGUAGAACGAAUUGCCAUCGUGCAGGCGUCCCGCUGGACCGCUCGCAGCAUCCGGGCUGUGCGCCGCCGCCGGCCGGUCCCGCGACGCGCAAAGCGGGAGAUGAGGAUCCGAGGGAUGACGGAGAGAGAGAAAGAGAAGGAGAGAGAACGUUUGAAACGCGAAAUCUCUAACGAGGAACAUUCAGAGCCACGCGAGCGGUCGCGCGACACGGUACGAGCGUUUCAACGCAUGUCGUGUCAACGACAUCACGUUAUGUGUAUCGAGAAACGUACGAGCCACGCGAGGCUCGCUUGUGCCGUUUUGUUUCUCGUGGCAAUUGUUCCGCCAUUCGGACUCUGCCAAAAUGCCGAGGCACGCGGUACAUCCGGGGACAGGAGGAGAUCGGAUCUUUCCGGCGACGAGUCGCGCACCCUGCAAACCCAUCAGCAGUAUAGCCGGGACGCAUCUUCCGAGGGAAUGGAGGUACUCGAGAAAAACAGAAGGAUGCUUUCGUCGCGAGGUAUUAUCAAGGAGCCGGGGGCGAUGGAGAUGGAAGCGAGGGCGGGAACCCGCGGCGAUGAAGGCAACAAGCAUCCUCUUUGGUCGGAAAAUGGUGCGAAAAUUCCGCUUCUUCGGCGAAACGUAAAUGUCACAAGCUUGAACAAGCAACAAGAGGGCAAUUUUGGAAAUCGAACGCGCAAGAAACGCCGCAGAAGUAAGACUUCCGGUGUCGAGGAUCGCGCACACGACAUUACCGAGGAUAGUCGCGAGAACGAGAUAUCAGACAGACGGGAUCAGUCGUCGCGCAAGAGAAAUGAUCCUUCCUCAAAGUCAAGGUCGAGGAGUCGAGAAGCGCGAAAAUCCCGCGCGGAGCGACGAAGACGGAAAAAGAAGGACAGGAAGGGACGUAAUAGAGGUGGCGGAAAGAGCUCGCGACAAAAUGACAAGCGACAGGACGUCGAGGGUCGUUCGUCGAGGCUCGAAGGGAUCGACGAGAUCAAACGCUCCACCGAAAACUCGUCGACCGUCACCGCCGAUCGUUUGACCUCGUUGACGGAAGUUGUCGAUGGUGCUACAACGUCGUCGAGUCUCCAGCGUCAUUCGACGCUUAAGGUGACCAAGAGGCUAACAAGAACGACGCCUCGUCGUAGCGUUUACGUAGCUGACACGGUGGAGAGGGAAUUCUCCAAACAGCUCGAGAUGGAGAUUUCCAAGUCUGCGUCCAAGGAUCCGUCGACUCUCGACGAUGGUAUCUUCGAUAAUUCUCCGAAGAAAUCGACCGGACGAAAUGGCGAUUCGAGGGAAGUCGAUGAGAAAAGCAUGGACGAGGACGCUUCGACGGACGGCAAAAUUGAUUUCGGGAGCUCGCGUUACGACGCCGAGAAGAUGCUGGGCUAUUCGAGGACCAAGGAGGAUCUACCGAUCCUGGAUCUGGAGAAUGAGGUGCUGGAGAGGACGUUGAAGGACUAUAACGCUUACAUGAGGCUGAAACCGGCGUCGUUGUCGCGCGAGCCACCGCCGCCGAUUCCUCGCACCUCCGGUCCUCAUCCGCCGAGAAAGCCGAUAAUUAAUUCGGACGAGAGCGGCGAAGAAACAGGCACGGAAGUCACAAGCACGAUGCAGGACGACAGCACCAACGGGGACUUAUCUUGCAUAAAUGGGACGUUCCUGCCGGCGCCUCUAUCGCGCCACGCUCUGAUCAAAUAUGUAAAGUCCUCGACCCCGGGGCACGAGUAUUUGGAAGCUGAUUACGAGUGUGUGCCAGGCUACCGUAUGGUAUCUUCCACGAGCCGAUUAGUCUGCAGGAGUCGUCAGUGGCUCGGACAGGUGCCAAAGUGCGAGAUCAAGCAAAACCCGGACGGGAUAUGCGCCGAGGCAUUCUGCGAACACGAUUGCAACGAAAUUAACGGCCGUCCCGUCUGCUCCUGCUACGAGGGAUUCAGAUUGGUGGACGGUCACAAAUGCAUCGACAUCAACGAAUGUUUGCUGAACAACGGGCACGGCCCCUGCCAGGACACCUGUCGAAAUCUCGUGGGAGGAUACAAAUGUUCCUGCGAGGGUUUACGGGACGCAUCGCUGGCCGCCGACAAUCACACGUGCGAGCGUGACAAGCACACGGGUCCGUGCAGCGUCAACAAUGCCGGAUGCUCUCACACGUGUUUAUCCACGAUGGGUCGGGUAUUCUGUCUCUGUCCCGACGGUUUCAUCCUCGAGGAUGACUGGAAGACUUGUCAAGAUGUGGACGAAUGCUCGGUGCCGGAUCUUCAGACGGAGUUCUGUCGCUACGGAUGCAUCAAUACCCCGGGUUCCUAUCGAUGCGCGCAACCUAUGGAGCUAAAGGAUCAGCCAGUUUUGGACAGGCUGUCCAUCACUUGCCUGCCGGGUUACGAACAGACUUCCUAUGGAACGUGCAUCGAUAUCAACGAAUGCGCGGUUGAUAACGGUGGAUGCACGGAAGUGUGCGAGAAUACAGACGGUAGCUUCUUCUGUGCUUGCGACGGGGAUGAAAAAGCCCUGUCAUCCGAUGGAAAAUCCUGCGUAGACAUAAAUAGCAUCGCGUGCCCACUGUUAAAUCCGGUCGGUCGUGGUUAUUUAAUAUGUUCCCGAUUAGCCACGUCCAAGUUAUGGCGCGACCGGCGAAAAGUACCCAAUCGACCCGGCACGAGAUGCUUCCUAAAGUGUCCCCGUGGGUAUCAGCUUCGCGGUGAAUACGAGUUGACCUGUCGCUCCGACGGCACUUGGGAUGGAUCGGAGAAAGGAAGAUGCAUUCGAUAUAGCAAGCCUCGAUUGGAGUGUCCGAGGGAUGUCGUGGCCGAAUUGCCGCCCGGGAGGGACGAGGCGUUUGUGACCUUCGAUCAACCGGCGACAGAUCUCGAUUGGUUUCGAUACGUGCGAUCGAGGCCAUCCUGGGGGACGCGUCUCGAGGCCAGCCUGAAGCCCGGAGUGCACGAGAUUACGUUCUUCGCGCGACACCCGGUAUCGAAGAAGCAGGCUAGCUGCGCGUUACGCAUUAUCGUCAAAGCCGGCGAGGCACCGAAAGUCAAAGAUUGUCCGGGGGACAUUGAAGUCGUCGGGAAAAAUGGAACUGCGAUCACGUGGACGGAGCCGAGCUUCACGGAUAACGUCAAGGUGACGCGGCUCAGUAAUAAUGAGAACCCGGGUCGUCUCUUCGACGUCGGCGGCCACAGGAUCGAGUACGAGGCGAGUGACGAGGCUGGUUGGUCGAGCAAGUGCGUCUUCACCGUGGUCCUUCGUCGGGAAUAAGCGGCUGGAGAGACAGGAUCGAGGAUCAGGGACGCGACGGGGAGAGGGAGAGAAGAGGAGAGAAAGAGAGAAAGAGAGAGAGAGAGAGAGCGAACGAGCAGAGAGGGCAAGAGAGAAGCAACGCGGAAGAAUAACGAUAAGGUAAUAUAAAUGGAAAUGCCUGCGGGACUACGUCUCCUUACGUAGGCCCCGUAAUGGAUUCCGUUUUGUCCGGCAGGUUACACGUGAAGAAAAGAGACAAAGUGCGGAUAUCUCCCUCCUUCCACACGCGCAACUCCCCUUUACCCUUUCCUCGACAUUCGCGCGAGGUGAUAAAGUUCUUAGAGCAGGAUGGAAGUAUGUCUGACGAGUUUGCUCUCGAUAGUCUUAUCGACUGCCACUUUUGAUAGCGUAACGUAACGAUAACGCAAAUAGUUUGCAUAGAGGAGAAGAUAGGAAACGCACACUUUGCUUCUUAAGAAAAAAAAAAGACAUUUAAAAGCGUCGAAGACCUUUCCAGAGCGAAUAAAAUUAAACGUCUGAUUUUGCGGUUCGAUUUUUGCGAAAUUCGUGCCCUCGCUCCUCCUCUGCGCAAUAUAAUUUUACCUUGUAAUAUAAUUUUUAUCGCAACCGCAGAUGGUUGCACUCUCUCCGGUAGAUAGUAGUACCGCGAAAUGUAACGUAAAUGCGAAAUUCGCGUUAUCGAGUCCCGCUUUACGUUAAACGGAAAUUAACAGCGCGUUAUGUCAUCACCUGCGAGAAUUGCGAACUCAUAUGAUGUAACAUUCUCCAAAUAUUCCGCGAUAAUUAACGAGGCUGUGGCCUUUUCCCACUAAUAAGAUUCUCAUCGAAUACACCGGCUGACAGGUUACAUAA